CGGAGCAAUCCGCCGGCCACCCCCGCGCUUGCGCAUCCCCCCGGAUCCCACCUCCUCCCGACGGCGACGAGGGCGGGAGGGAGCAAGAGGCGCCCCUGCCGCACCGACCGCCGGGCUCCCGGUUGUUGAGGUAAAAUGGGAGUGGCAGGGCACAAUGAUCCUUUGAUAGGUGAAACGACAUGUGGAUCUUUGCUGCAGCAGCUUCAGCUGAUAUGGGAUGAAGUUGGUGAGACCGAUGACGAUCGUGACAAUAUGUUACUUCAGCUAGAACAGGAAUGCUUGGACGUUUACAGGAGAAAGGUUGAUCAGGCAUCUAAUUCCAGGGCACUACUCCUUCAACAGCUUGCUAAUGCCAAGUCUGAGCUUUCUAGAGUACUUUGUGCACUAGGCGAGCUGUCUGUUUCUGGCAUUCCUGACAAGACAAAUGGUACUAUCAAGGAGCAACUAGCAGCGAUAUCACCAUUCUUGGAGAAACUAUGCAGGGAAAAAGAUAAGAGGGUUAGAGAGUUUGCUGAUGUACAACUUCAAAUUCAAACAAUACGUGGUGAAAUUGCUGGGAGUUUGCAAGUUGGUGAGCACAUGGAAACACCCCGUGUCAAUGAGGGCGAUCUCUCAACAAAGAAAUUAAAUGAAUUUCUUUAUGAAUUGCAAGUGCUACAAAAGGAAAAGAGCAAUAGACUGCACAAGAUUCUUGACUUGGUGAGUUCAGUGCAUGAUCUCUGUUCUGUCCUUGGGAUGGAUUUCCUAAGCACUGUUACUGAAGUUCAUCCUAGUCUCAACGACUCGGUUGGUGCCGAGUCCAAGAGUAUUAGUGAUGCCACAUUAUCUAAGCUGUCCAAGAUGGUGAUUGAACUUAAAGAAGAGAAAUUAAAGAGGCUUGAAAAGAUUCAAGCUCUAGCUUCCCAGCUAACUGAUCUUUGGAACUUAAUGGACACCUCUGUGGAGGAACGCCAUCUUUUUCACCAUGUCACAUGCAAUAUGUCAUCAAUAUUGGAUGAAGUAACAGUACCAGGAGCUCUUGAUCUUGAUUUGAUCAAGCAGGCUGAACUUGAAGUUGAAAGGCUGGAUCAGCUAAAAGCUAGCAGGAUGAAGGAUAUUGCAUUCAAAAGGCAGACUGAACUUGAAGAUAUAUAUGCCCAGGCUCACAUUGCAAUAGAUACCAGUGCUGCAAGAGAUAGAAUACUGACAGUCAUUGAUUCUAGUAUGUUUGAGCCUUCAGAACUACUGGCUGAUAUGGAGAACCAGAUACUUAAAGCAAAAGAAGAGGCAUUAAGCAGAAAGGACAUACUGGAGAAGGUUGACAGGUGGAUGUCAGCGUGCGAGGAAGAGAGCUGGCUUGAAGACUAUAGCAGGGACGACAACAGAUACAGUGCAACCAGAGGUGCACAUCUGAACCUCAAACGUGCAGAAAAAGCUCGUGUUUUGGUCAGUAAAAUUCCAGCCAUUGUUGACACACUGAUGACAAAGACCCGGGCAUGGGAACAAGAGCAUGGUACGCCGUUCAACUACGAUGGCGUUCAUCUUCUUGCAAUGCUGGAUGAGUACAAAAUUCUAAGGCAGGAAAAGGAAGAAGAGAAGCGACGAAUGAGGGACCAGAAGAAGAUAAACGACCAGCUAGCUGCAGAGCAGGAGAAGCUUUUCGGCUCGAAACCGAGCCCGGUCCGGCCCCAAUCCUCAAGGAAGAUGCCUGGACCCCGGGCCAACGGUGGUGCAGCCAAUGGCACACCGAACCGGAGGCUAUCGGUCCACCAGAACGGCGGCGGCAGGUCGGUGAGCCGGGACGGGCGGAGGGACAGCGGCCGGCCUGCUGCUCCGGUGAACUACGUUGCCAUCUGCAAGGAAGAGUUCAGCAACAACACGGUGGCUUCUUCCCCUUGAUGAUCAUCAUCCCAGCCAUGAUUGACCAUACAUUUCUUGAUGCCAGUGGUAGAGAGAUAUAUCUGUGCAGUAGCUGAAAAAGAGAAAACUAUAGCAAGAUACAGUAUUAGGACAAGUGAUUCGAAUGAUAGUACCAGUAUUUUUGGCAGGAUUUGCCUCGAUUUGUUGCUGUCCAUCUGCUGGAAGUGUAACGAA